GUCUGGUGAAUCGCCUCAUGUCGGCUCAUGAUCAUGCUUUUUUGGUGAGGAAACAGCAAGUUUCAUAAUACCCGUAUGGUGAGCUUCUUAUACCAUUCUUAUCCGCAUUGCAGGCUAUCCAAUGCGUUCUUUAUCGGCCCGCUUUGGAGAACUGACCCUGAUCGAUAAACUUCGCCUUCGACCUCUUCUUCUCGAUUGAGCCUCUUAUAAGGCUUAGUGACGAGGCGCUCGCCGCUUUGCCUCUUUCUCACUUACGACCUUUACGACUUAUCACGACUGAAUAUCUUGACUACGAUACCCGCUCAUGCCAUAUUCAUCUUGGUCCCCAUCAGAGGCUCGCCUUCGCCGGAAUUUAACCCGACGAUAUUUGCAUAAAUUAAACAAGAACUUGAAAAAAUCAACAUCCCUCCCCGUCCUUCGCCUGGUUCCAACUGACCGACCAUUCUUCACUUGUAACAAGUGUGGUUUUUCGAGUACGACAUCCCCCCCUUGCAUGUACGGACACUCGGACAAGGGAUCGGAACGCGCGACUGGACGCAUUCCGCACCGCAGAUGGACGUUCACGGCUUCCACGGGAGAAUACGUCAAUUUAUGUGAGCCAGCAGGGGGGUUGCGUGCAUCUGUGCAUCAAAGAUUACAUGUGCCCCAUCUCCUGCCCUCAACACCGCCACCCGCAUCGCCACACAAACUGCGUCACUCAUGGUCCCAGGCAGGCAACAUCACCGUCGAUCAGUGGACCGGGUUGCUAUCUUCUCCUGCCCCUGUUGUACCGGACAACAAACGGCCUUUACUUCCCUGCGUCGAGGAAGACGAUCCCGCGGUAACAGAUAUAAAUCUGUCUCCGUUACCCACUUUGAAUCUGCCAUCUGAUCAGCUACCUGCUCUCGUCAACCCCAGUACGGUAUGCAAUGAGACCGUUGCUAGUGAAUGUCCUCAGGUUGCCACAGUGACGACUUUGUCUUACCACAAGAAGGUGAGGGACGAGACGCUUGCCAAAUUAACCGGCCGCACCUCCAGGCGGUUGAGUGUCGAGCAGGGGACAUCAACUCCACUGGACUUGAAACGUGCAUCGUUCGUCAAGGGCGUUGAUCACCGGAACACUGAUAAAGUCGUCAUGAACGCCAAAUCAUCUGCGAAAUCUUUACGCCCUUCCACCGCCCCCCAGUCUGGUCAUUCCUAUCACGAUGUCCUUGUUAAAAAAUUCUCGGCAGAACAGAGAGUUCUUCGGAGGAAGCAGCCAAUGGAGAAACUUCGUGUUUCGGCGCCAGCCUCCCCAGCUCCAACCCGUCCAGUUUCUGUCGAUGGACGAACGUCGCGAAGACCAGUAUCACAACCCCCCCAAUCGUCUCACGACUCUAUUACAUCCAGCAUUUCGUUGUCUAUACCCAUCACAAAACUGCAUGGCCUUCGCCGUUCCAAUUCGCAGUCCUACAAUAUACCCCGCUUGGGCCACCCUCACCGGCCAUAUUACUCUUCAGUCAUUCGCAAAGACCUGUCCCGUCCUACCUCUCCCCAACCCGAAUACAAGCCCAGCGAAAGCCGGCCAACGUCUCCAAUGUCAUUACGACCCUCGUCCCCUGGCCACGGCAUGGCUUUCUCAGGACGGACCUCUAGUGUGGGCCACGACUUCGACCUCCCCACGCCACCUGAUCUAGACUACUCUAGUACUUUCCCAUCCGCGUCGACGGGAUAUUCCCCAGGGGAGUUCGGAUACAUUCCACCUGUCGACAAGCUCAACAAUAUGGGCUUCUCAAUGAGCGGAGAAGCGGAGUUGAGGAUGGCGCUCGCGAGUGGAGAUGAUGCAGGCUCCUUCAAAUUCAAAGAUAUGAGCCCCAAACCGCGUUUGGGCGUUCGGUCACAGGUCAAAAAAUUUGGGAAAGGACUGAAGAAUCGCCUGUUCGGCAAAUGACAUUUCAAGCUAUACGACAUGAUGAUGACCACUUUAUGAUGUACUUACUGAACUUGUAGCUACUAUAGACUCCCACAUUUCCAGAUACCAUUGAUAUUUGAUUGAUAUCCACCGUUCUCGCUUAGUUUUGUUGUAUUAUUGUAUGGAUAAUGCAUAGCUCCAUGUUUGGUAAAUAUGUUCCAGUGCUUAAGAAUAGGUUC